CCGCAAUAUCAUCCAGCAAUGUCGACAUAAUACCACCGAGAAAACGACCAUGGCCGACCCUGAACCCUCCCCUACACCCGCUGCUGCUGCACACGUCCCGAACCAUGAAAAACACAGUGAGGGGAACCCGGUGAACAGUCCUGCGGGUGACUCAACAUCACCGCCGGUAUCGUCAAUAACCGGCGCUCGACGCCGCCAGCUGCUGGCAGCUCUCAAGUCAACAGACCGUACAGUCGACCGGUUCGAUAGACUCAUAUCCACAGCCGCCGGCCAGGAACGAGUUCUCGCAGUAACAGGCUACCUCGCACACACCCUACACCACAUCCUCUCCUCCGCACCAUGGAUCGCCUUCCAAGCGCGUCUCAGCCUGCUCGCCCGUCUACGAAACAAGUCCACAUCACCAAGCCCUAAACCCACCCCAUCCUCAUCAUCCUCAUCAUCAUCGCGCCUCCUCGCCCUCUCCUCCCUCAUGUCCGAAACCCGCUUCACCCUGCGCCUUCUCGGCCUUUUCCCCCUCUGGACAUGGGGUUCGCAGACGCUGAAACACCCGCCCGCGGACAAACCCCUCUACAUCUUGACUCUCCUGCAGGUCUUCGUCAAUGUCAUCUACCAGGCGCUCGAGAACGUGGGGUAUCUUGCGCAGAAGGGGAUCGUGUCGAAGAAGUUUGUUGAUCGCUGGGGCGGCAUCGAUAAGUGGUAUAUUUGGAGUACGAGGGCGUGGUUCGGACAUAUUUUCUUUCAGUUUUUUGUGCUCUGGAGGGGGACGGUGCUUAGGAGGAGGAAGAUGAAAGAGGAAGCCGGGGUUGAGGGUGUUGGGAAGGAGGAGAAGAGGGAGGCGCUGAGGAAGGAGAUUCGCGCGUGGAGGAAGAGUCUCGUUAAUAAUGUCUGUUGGGCACCCUUGUGUCUUCACUGGUGCUUUGAGAAGGGGAUUGGGUUCCCGGAGCAUUUGACCGGGUUGGUUAGUUUUAUGGCGGGGGCUUGGGACGUUUGGGAUACUUGGGUGGCUACGGGGUUGUCGUAGGGAGGGAUCGCAGAUAGAUGUGGGUUUCUUCAUAUUUUGUUGAGCGAUUAAGCAUAUGGUUACUUACUUGGAUGCCAUACUAUAGAUAUAGAUUGUGAUGGAGAAGGCGGAUGGUUCUACUAGCUUGCUGUGCUAGGGAAGGUCUCAUCUAUCCAUGUAACACAUAUCCAAAUAUUAACCAAGCCAACACCCGAAGCAAACCAUAGUGGUCGUACAAAUAGACAGUCUAGACCCAACCAACUAACCAAACGCCCGAUAAACAAGCCUAGAACGUCUACUCCUUUGACCCAAUGCUCCCCAGCAAAGCAAGACAUACCCCUAAACACCCGAUGCCGACGUCCUCGCCAGAUCCAUCGUUGACGCGCGCUGAGCCGCACACAUAUUCCGAUAUAACUGGCUACAAACAAGUCCAUCUAUUGGCCAGGUAUACAUACCCUGAUCUGUCGACGAAAGCUCAUUCAUCGCCUCGUCCGCCUUCUCCUGGUUCCAGACGAACGCUCCCGCAUCAACAAUCCUCACACUGCGAAUUUCAUAACCCUCGAAUGAGUCAAGCUGGGUGAUAUACGCCUGCACAUCUACCAGCCUCAUAAGCCCGCUCUCGUAUUCGUAGACUUUGUUGCGCUGCUCUUCAUUCAGUCCAAGUAUAAGCAUCCCUUCGACUCGGUGCUGUGGAUCCGAUGAGGGCAGCAUGACGGGUGUGC